AAGAAUCUUCAAUAUGCUAAUGAGUCGCCAAAGAAAAUCGCGAUUUAAGAUUGUGAACGUCCAAGCAACAAUUGCAACGUAUCGUAUAUGAUACUGUGUCAUCGAUGACGGUAAGUACAUAACCAGUAAUUGAGCUGAAUCUUCUACAAUACGCGAUAUCAAGUGGAGCUUCCCACGUUGGUCUGAAUACGGUCAAAUCGUAGUUAUUUAGUUUCCCAUACUAAGGUUCCCAACGUUCACUAUUGUUGCAGAUCUGAGUCAGUAAAGAUGGUUACAUAUUGUCGCGCGUCCACACGACCAUUACAAGUGAUUUGGCCUUCGACCUGAGUCACCUUUGCCGUGAGGGACAUUUUCCACUCCUGAUCGAAUAUGAAUGGGAGGCCGGAUAAUCUCCAAAGUUAGUGUUCUCCAUUGAUAUCGUAUUUCCGCCAUGGCGACGAGAAUGCAUAGCGUCUUUUUGUGCUCAAGAGGCUGUGACCGUAGAUUUGCAGGCGCACCAGUUUUGGAGAUCGCUUCGAGAAGACACCAUCUGACACUAAUAUUGUGCGCUUGACAAAGCAAUUUCUGCACUUCAGAUCAUUGACGAUGUUUGAAAAGUGAGAUCCUAUGUAGUACCUUUCUAAGGGGCAAGACAUGGGCAUUCGGUCUACGACAUCCGAUCGAGACUGCCUCGCCUUCCUUGGUGCUUUCAAGAUGAAGUAUCCGUUGACCUUUGCACCAUUCUGAAUUCGGACCAAUAUUCCCCCGUACAAGAUGUGAAGGUCGGAUAUAUGUAUUUGCUCAGCAUUGUAGAUCGCUGGACUCAGAUACCGGUUACAAGCUUGACUGGAAUUUUCAUCGAAUGCAAUUGCGAAAGCCGCUUUCAAAUCAUUGAAAUACGAUCAAACCGUUGUCUAAACUGGUUCGGAACGAAGUUAAGUCUGAAAUCUCGUCAUUUCAGCUGACAUAAAACAUGAUAAUAAAAAUCGUAUUCUGCCGUGCACCAGCACGAUUUUUCUUCUCUACAAGUGCAAGUGUCUUUGAUCGGUUAUUUCGCUCACCAGCUUCUUGCUCACACAUGUGAAUCUGGUAGAUGUUAUCCAUCAAACUCUAUUGCAAGAAACACAAUGAGCUUGGGCAUUGAGAUCAUAAUUCUAUCCUUUUGUGCAAUAUCCACUGUUGGGCUGUUUAACGCAUGAGCUAUACAUCAAUCUGCCAUGACUACCUUAAGUAGAAGUUUGGUGGAAAUAUUGAUCUCCUCUCAAGUUCAAAAAUUGUUGAUAGCUUUGACUUGAUCCCAAGAAUAUGGACACUACAAUACUUUGUUCAUGGUAUGCGCCAAAAUCCACAAUCGGGGUUGGAAAGUAUAUCCAAAUACCAUGUAACCAGCGAUACAUUUUACUAAUUGACUCCAAGAGUACUACAAGCGAUUGAGCUUUCAACCGCUAUUUGUGAUUAAACUUCUUACAUAAACAUCCACCAUUGAUGUGCCCUAUGAGCGUGUGAGCUGAUUCAGCUCUAUAACUCUCAUUCGAAAAUCCAGACGGCAUUUUUUCCAGAUUUCUAGAUCAUUGUCGGUGUAUAACCGCAAAAAAGUUUGUCUAUCGGUGCUAAAAACUCGCUGCAUGACUCGAAGUAAAUCAUCAAUCGACCCGACCGUCUAUUCUUCGACCGUAGGACUCGUUGCUGGAGAUGGUGAUCAGUGCGAUCGCAUCUUCAGCAACCUCUUCAAGUGGAGCUUGAAUGAUCGACCGAUUGAUGAGCCGGGUUAUGUUUGGAUUUUGAUACACCACGCUUCUAGUUACUCAGACUGCGAGGGUCAUACACACUGUUGUAGGGAUAACGGUCCGGAAGAAGCCGCUGAGUGGUUUAUCUGCCAUUACUUAUUUCUUACAACGGCAAAAGCCGCUCCGACAAAGCUUAAUUUUUUCUUCAGAUCAACACAUUUUACCCAUUUUUGGGUCAUGGCGCUGAACCCUUGGCGCCAUUAGCAUACUAAAGAUGCAGUCAACCCUUUUAUCCACUUCGAUUGCACGAAACAUAUCAUCAUUCCCGAAAAUCACCGAAAACCACAUAUCAAAGACACCUAGCGACUUGGUUCGUCACGUUGCUUACUAUCUUCGUUCCGAACCAUCAUCACUCUAUUCUCAAGAGUCGCUAUCGUGAAUUUUAACUGUACCAUUUUGAGCGAGCAAUCCUCUUUUUCAGAUAUAGCAAAGCUGUCUUCGCUUCAUCUACUUAGAUUACUUUCAAAUCGAUCUUGAGCUAUUUGUUGCACAAUCUACCGGUGAGGACUUCAUACAAAGUCUUGAUGUGCUGAGGUCAAAGUGACGAUGCUCCACCGCUGACGAAAAACCUGUUAAGAAGAGAGCGAUGAGGAUGUAGAUGGGCCAAAUGGAUAUCCCGCGCAUGCUGAUCCCUUUCGUUUAUUAAAAAUCGAGAAAUGUUGAUGUAUCAUCAGCACGGCGUUUAAUACUGUUCUCUUCGAUGCUGUUAGCACCCCCUCGUGAGGUUCUCUGGGGAUUGCCCGUCAUGAGGUCUUAACAUCACAACAGUCAUAUUUAAGCGGAAAAUUUCACGCAUUCUGAGACCAGAUCGUAUGUUGCAUUAGUUCGUUCCUAUGAUAUAAUUGUCGACAGUGAAGCAGAGGACGAGAAGGCGGUGGUUCAAGCUCACAUAGAUUACUUGCGCCAGGCGAUACAGGGUAUAGGAUAUCACAAGAUGUAUGAGAAUCCCAAAACCUGUGUAUGAUUCGCGCUGCAGAUGAGUGUUGUGCGAGUAGUAAUAAUGUCCGACCUGACCACAGAAGAUCGUAUCUAGCUUAACCAGACGCAGCCCUGUCAGUUGCUGAAGCUCAAUAUUUAUUCACAUUUGCUAGUACACUUCGAAAUAUGUUAAAUUGGAGACUCAAUAUCACGAUUACCAUAAACGAACGUGAAGCGGUCGUAAAAUCACCAAUAAGUUACCGAUUGACACAAACCACGCUUUCGCUGUGAACUUUAGCUUUUUUAAAGUGUGGCUCGGUGAUUGUCUUUUUCAUAAUGUACAUUUCAAGGAACAAGAAUCACUGCCUCGAAAAGAAGACAUACUGACGGGGCAAGUUGUACAUUAGGAACAAGAAAUCUGGUUGAUGCCUUACCUUAAAGAGUAAAGGAAGACAUACUGUCGGAUAGAAUGUCUUGAAUGCAUCCAUGAUGCUAAUUAAGAUGCGAUGAGCGUUUCAGGCAGCAACCCCCGAGACUUUUUGCCAUACAACCGGCAACCCCCGAGACUUUUUGCUAUACAACC